AUGGAGUUCUCCCCAUUGUCUCAGCAUCAUGGCAGCCCGGCCUACGAUGCGAAUACUCCUUCAUCUCGGGUUGCUUCAUCUUCAGACGAGGUGAAGCGCCUCGCACCAAGGGACAAUCGUUUCUCUAGUUUCAACAUGUCCGACCAAGCCGCUGUGGGUUUGCGGGAUCGCUCAAGUCAGAAAAACAAACGCAAGGCUGCUCACAGCUUUGUGGAAGUCAAUGACACUGGCCAAGACCAAGGCAUGUCCAAGAGGCUGAAGCUUGAGGCCGUACAAAACCAGCCGCCUCAAGUGCCUCGGGACAGGGCUCUCCUUCCCUCUGAUAUGUGGCAUCGAGUUUUCACCUUCCUCCCCCCUAGGAGCUUGGGUGCUCUGUUACAGGAGAUUGACCUACUACUUUCAUCCACAACCCCCUCCUCGCUUAUCCCAGGAUUUGCCUUUGUCCUCGUCACACAGCAACUGCAGGCCAUCCCAUCGAGCACUUUGACAAUCAACACAGGCCACCCUAAGCUAGAAACUACCAAGCUAUACUCAGCCUCGAGCAUCGCGGCCGCCAAGGAACAGCUAAGCGUAGUUCAAGACCUUGGAACAGCAGCAGUUGAAGAGUGGUUUAAGGGACUAGACGCUCGGGGCAAAGAGCUUAGAAAUGAUGCCUCGCGAUGGGAGAAGUGGGCCAUGGCUGGCGGUCUGGCACUCAUGUGCCAACCCGUGCAAACCCCGCGCAACGGGAUUUCCGAUGGAUUGAUACAAGCCGGAGACCCCAAAUCACCCAAUUCCGCUCGAGAUUCCGAAACCAGCACUCCAUUGUCAGCCGAGACCAAGGGUACGGCAGGGCGUGUGGGUUCCACUUUUGCUGAGGGUCAGAGUCUUGCGCUUCAGAGCAGUUCAGAUAACACCCACGAAGAGGCAGCUGCGCUGAAGGCAUUACGGCGUGCUGAAAUCGAGCGACGCGCCAUGUUACUCGACCCUCCUUUACCACCUAAUAUCAUCGUUCACAUGCCUUGCUUUCAAGCAGCCAUACAAAUAACGGCCACUUUAGACGAUAAUGCGUGGAUCACGCUGAAGCCCAGAUUGCUCUCACAACGAGCCGACGCCGAGAGGAAUGUCAACAGUUGUCUCACUGAACUUCGGAGCACCGGCCCUGAGACGAAGGAUGAGAAUGAGAUAUCAAGGAAGGUCACAGAUCAAGACUGGGAUGACAUCCAGGGCCCGGUGCGCGCACGAAUAUCAAAAUAUGCCGACGAGGUCAUCCGCGGUAGCUGGAAUAAGGGUCGCAAAGUCAACAAGGAGAACAGCCCACGGUUCGCAGCGGGGGUUCUCCUUUCAGUGCGGUCAAGGUUCUACGCCGACGUAGCGCAAGACGCUGCGGAUGCCCUCGCGGCUGGGCAACGGCCUGUUCUUGACCCCCAAGAAGGGCCUUUCACGCAGAAGCUCACGCUGGAGAAUAUGAAGUGGGUGUUCGAUGUGAAGAUUAAACAGCAUACGGAGUCGCAUAGGAGGGAAUUGUUUCUGUGCAACGGCUGCGAAAGCCAUAGAUUCUAUGGCUUAGAGGGAGUGAUACAGCACUAUGCCGCAAAGCAUACCAAAGCUCUCAGUCUCGGCAAUGUCGUCGUCCACUGGAGAGCGGAAUGGCCAGAGCAGCCCAUAUUCAAACCCAAUGGCCGACCGACGAAAAGUUCUCGGCAAAUCGGAGGAACGGUAGUUGCAAAAAACCAUGCGGCGACUGCACCCCGGCCGCUUCAUGGUCCCGAUACCUUUAGUCGGAGUGGUAGUCUUCUCCCUUCCUCUGCGUACCAUUUCACUUCGGACCACGUCCCAUCCCUUUCCUAUCAAAUACCACAUAUCGACCCUUACAAUUUAGCGCCAUCCUACAACGCGGAUGCCAGCAUACCACGUGCACCUUAUACACUGCCGAACUUCGCGCCGCCCGGCGUCCCUCAAUUCUAUCCAACGGUGCCAUCUAGCUUUGGAUCCGCCCCUCGUGGCCCCCAAGGGCACUCUCCAAACAUUCUAGGCACGCCGUAUGCCGGGCAGCCGCAUAUCACUCUUGUGCGUCACGGCCACCCUCAGCCACCGUGCGUUACGCUUCACGGAAUGCCCCUUUCGCCCUCUUAUGCCACUCAACUGGAAGACCUGGCCCGGAUCGCGAGAGUUAUCUGGAACUCAUUAAGCACUGCCAGGGAUUUGCCUGGACCCUUAAGAGUCUACAUCACUAUUCACCACGUGGUCAAACGAUUCCGUUCCAAGUUUGCCGACACUCCCUCCUUGCGGAUGUUUAACGAUGGACUUUCAAAUAACAAGGAUAUGCGCCCAGUCCGUAAUAUCAACGGACUAAGGUGCAAGUCCUGUACAUUGGGUUUAGGACCACUAGUCAAUCCAGAUCGCACCACAUUCUCUCUCCCGCAGCUUGUCAACCACUUCGAGAAUCAGCAUAUGGAGCUCCAGCAGGGGGGCCACAGAAGUGAGCCAGGCCUAGAUUGGACGCAAGACAUGAUCCUGAUGCCGGAUGUGUCCGAAAUACCUGACUUGAAAGCCCUUAUUGGCGGCAAGGGACACAAAUUUAACCUCGUCAAUGAAGCAGUCCCUUGGGUUUUCAAAAAGCCCAACAGACCUUCACAUCAACCUGGGACCACGCAGCCUCUGAGCGGGUUGCCACAGCCCAUCGAUUCGGAUCUAGUCACAGAUUACACCCGGCAGUCCUACGCAACCCAUGCAGGCGGUUCUGGUGCUGCGCUCAAUGCCUGGCCAGAUUCUAGAGCCACCCAGGAUCCGCCCAGCGUGGGGCGAGAGCAACAACGCAGAGAUUCGCAGCCCUCAAUGGAAUAUGAGGUUCAAAGAUGUGCAACAAUCCCUUCUAGGCUAUCUCUCACUUCUUAUGAGGAAUACGAUCCAGGACGCCCGCUUGAUUCUCCUACUUUUAACUCUCUCCGACAACGCUCUUGGGGCGCUCCUUCAGUGUUUGAUGAAAUGGACCGCAACUUUUACUACGAAAGCGGGCAUCCCGGAGGUGGCAACAAGACAGCUCAAUACAUGGCCUCGAGCUAUCCCUCGGGCCGCAUCCCGGCAAUGGCUGACGGAAACCAUCAUGGUGUUCGCGAACAACCUCGAGCGCCUGGCCCAGCCGCUGGCGAAUCUAGGCAUGGGCAGAAUAACAGAUUCCCCGUAGGGGAAGAAGAAAGGACGACUUGUACAUCUGAUCAGGCGAGGUCGGUUCGGCCACGCCCGUCACUCGAACGAGAGCAAAUGCCGCCACAGAACACUCGCCCAGGUUCAGGGAGAUGCGCCACAAUUCCUCAGUCUACGAGGUUUAUGGGCCUAGACUUUGCAGGUCCACUAGCAGAGAAGUCCGUUUGCUUCGGUUUAACUGCUGCGCUCGAGUCACAUCUCGCCCAAGAUCGUGACGCGCCGGCUCAAAACCUGAAGUAUGAACUUUUUGAGCGUGGGAGUGUCCAACAAGAGUGCCGACCCACAGCACGCGAUGCCCGUCCAUCGGUCCAUCCCAUCUACCCUGAACAACACAUGGAUGCAGAAAAUCUCGACGAUGCUCGUCAUAGACGCUUCACGCAAUCUAUCACAGAAUCUCAUGGAAUUUGUCAUCCUGGGGACCCUUCCGAGGCAUUGUCGUACAAUCAGAUCUCAGCAGUGAUUCAACAUUUAAGUCGUAGUUACGAUCACAGCAAACCAGCGCGCUACGCAGGCGUAACUCGCCCUCCAUCAGCAGGGGAUGAAGAGUCUUACGAGAUUGUCCACGUAAGAGAUGCCGAGAGAGAGUAUCUCGUUCGUCGACCGAUUUUGUGUGAGCGCGCACCACCUCGUGUGCUCCCGGGUCCCUAG